UUCGCAACAACCGUAAUAACGAGCAAGCUAGGCUGAUUACUGCCUGCCUGGCAGACAGCGUUAGCAUUAGCUAUCCAAUAACAAAAACGUUCCUCUUGGGUGUCUAGGGAAGUCGAGAGAGUGAAAAUGCCUGUCUUGUGGUGUAUAGCGUGACAAUCUUCAGCAACAUGAAUGACAUUGAGGAGGAGAGGGAUACUCUCCUUGCUGACCUACCCGAAUCCCAAGUUUUGACGUGUCCUGGCGCAAGAAGCAAGACAGCUGAUGGGGGCAUCCGACCACUGGAGAAGAGGGGGCCUUACAUCAUGUCUAAAGCUCCGGCGAUUCAUAUGAAACUACAGAAGCAUAGAGAGAUGGCCAGGAAAGCAUUGAAGAAAAAAGGCCUUACAUCAGGGGGGCCAGUCCUGCAACAGCCCAGACAAGGUGGAAACAGAAGCGUAAAAUUUAACAAGGGCUAUGCUUCCUUGAGUCAACACGCCGAAGACACCCUGGUAGCACUAGACUCUGACAGUGAUGAAGAACAGGAUGUGGAGCAGUACUCCUCAGGUUACUCUUCAGCUGAGGUCCACCCUGACCUGAGCAGACAGCUGCUGCAGGACGGCUACCGUCUGGACGAGAUCCCUGAUGACGAGGACCUGGACCUCAUUCCUCCUAAAGCCAUGGGCCCCUCAGGCUGCUGCUGUUCGGAGGUCUCGUCCUGCUCUAUGCAGUGAGCUAUCCAGGUCCCUGACCUGGACCUGAUGUCCCGGAUCACCUGACAUGGACCUAACGUCCCGGAUCACCUGACCUCUCUAUUACCGUGGCCUUAGCCAGAGUCUAAAGCCAGGCCCAUCUGCCAACUCUCUAACUAAGCAUGGACCCCCCCCCCCCCAUCCCUCUAGACUCUAAGCCCCCUUUGCUUGUUCAGGGCUAUGCUCCCACCGUGCCCUGCACAAACCCAACACAUACACGUGAAUGGAUGGCCGUCCCACGCCUUAGCCACUGUCAGAGAUCUGUCGCCCUGAAGGCUGACCCUGGUCUUUUUAUGGAACUGGAUGAAAUGCAAACCCUUCAAAGGUUCUGUAUGGUAGAGCAGGGGGAUUCUUUCCUCUGGUGUUGUACCCGCUCAUCGGACAUAGAUAGGGUACUGUGUUCUGUAUGCUUAUACGGUCAAUCGCUUUAAGGCCAUUUAGACAUUGUAAAGGGAGAUACAGCAUAGUAAGCAUAGCGGUCCAAAGUGCUAAUGCUCUGUAGCUGUCUGGUGUUAUCGCCUUUUUUCCAAAGUGAGCUAUUUGGAAAUCCUACCAGAACAUAAACAUUCCCUGACCAUUUCCUUCUAGAACCUUCUUCUAAAUUUGUAUUUGUUUCUUUGUAAUUCAGUAGGAUCUAAACUCUAAAGAGCUAAGUCCUUUGGUCCAUGGCUCUGAUGUUGUUACAAAGUUGUUUUGGAUGUGAAUGAAUGCUUCAAUGUGAUGUAAAUGGCGCUUGGAUGUUACGUGUGCAGUCCAGCACUUAGUCACUUAGUCAGACUGACUCUUUUAAUGCUCUGUUCCAAAAACAAUGACAUUCUUGAUAUGAAAAUGUUUGGCAUGUUCCCCUCCCACAAAAUGGCACUGUUUGGUAGUAACUUGGCCAGAGGUGCUCGGGUCAGUUCCUGUGUGUACUGUGUGUUUGAGCUGGUCAGCCAGUCACUGAUGUCAACCACUACAUAAAUGACUCCCCUGUUCCUCCACCUCCUACCAGGCUUCUCAAUGAGGAAGCUCAUUGUACUGUUCUCCCUAUGUGGGGGAUCUGACCAGAGGCCACCUUGAACCUGUUGCCACCAUUUUGACAUUCAUUACUCUCAUCCUCUUUAUUUCACUCUGCAGAUGUUACCGUUUCCCAGCCGUCUAUCAUGUUAGUGUUUUCUUGGUUUGGUUUUUAAAGCAGUGCAUUGUGAGUGUUAAAUACAUAUACUGUAAAAUAUAUGUUGUCAUUGUUGGACAUAAGGAGUGAUUUCUGUCACUUUAUGAGGAGGUUUUCACCCAAUUUAAGAGUAUUUAUGUUUAUUUCUGGAGACUUAAUGUGGAGGAAAUGUGUCUUGUCUGAUCAGCUUUGUAGUUCCACGUACAUUAGGCUAAUUACUGCACUCUGCAUCAGGUGCAGUCAGUAGUCACAACACUGCACUUGCCUGUACUAUGCAACUCACAGAACAAUCUGCUUCUUAAUCCUCCAGUGCUACAACAUACCAAGUGUUACUGAGUGCUAAAUGCAAUAACUUGAAUUAUUACGUCACAGAAAACACUAUUAUUUGUAUAUGAUUAUAAAUAUUAUUUUGCUAUAUUCAAUUAAUAAAAACUAUACACCAUG